AUGGCGACAGAAGAGUGGUAUUGGCAGGCCGGGACUGCCGAGACCGACUACUUGAACGCGGUGCUGAUGGGGUCGGAUGGUUCCUCUGUCUUGGCAGGUCUAUCGUUUGGACUAUGGAAUGGAACGAACGCCGACACAUCCGACGCAUCCUUAAGGCCGGCCGCCACAAAACUGGAUGCAGACGGGAAUAUCCUAUGGAAGUGGCAGCACGACAUCAACGCCUUUGCAGCUGCCGCGGGUGAAGGUCGUUCAGUCGUCACGGCAGGAUUUGCGUCUGGCGGUUGGGAAGGAACGGGCCUGGGGUUCGUGGACUUCACAGCUGUCAGCCUAGACGCGGAUAGUGGCGAGUUGUUGUGGAAGUGGCAGGAUGGAUCAGAAGGUUUUGACGUUAUUUACGGCGCCACAUUGGCAGACGAGGGCGAGUCGGUUGUUAUGGCAGGAUAUACCUCUGGAAACUUCAGUGGAGUGAAUGCCGGCAGUAACGAUUUUGUUGCCAUCAAGCUCAACUUUACUGACGGCAGCGAAGUUUGGAGGUGGCAGGAUGGUACAGAUGAAUGGGACCAAAUCGGCGCCGUCGCGGAGACAGCAGAUGGGACGGGCUUUGUACUGGUGGGGUCCACACAAGGAGACUGGGACGGGGACAACGCAGGCAAUGGAGACUUCGCUGUGGUUAUGUUGGAUGUCGACGGCAACGAAUCUUGGAGGUGGCAGGAUGGCACCACCGAACAAGAAUGGCUAGUCGGUGUUGCUGUGCAAGACGACGGGAGUAUCCUCCUCGCCGGUCAACAGAUGGAAACGACUGGGGAUGAGAGCGUCUUUUUCACGGCAUUGAAGCUUCAAGCGGAUGGGGAGGAAGUAACCUGGCGUUGGCAGGGGGGUAAUGCAGGGGACGCCAGUAGACUGUACGAUAUGGCGGCGGGCGCUGACGGAAAGAUGAUUCUGGCUGGGUACACGGACGGGUCGUGGGAAGACGGCGCCAACCUGGGAGCAGAUGAUUUUUUGGCCGUUAUGCUCAACACUAUCGCAACUACACCCGCACCAUCAUCACCCGGCGGUGACACGGUAGGCGGCCCUACAGCCGCCCCAUCUACCCCCGCCGCGGCCACACCUGCAACAUCAUCACCCGGCGGUGACGCGAUAGGCGGCCCUACGGGCGCGCCAUCUCUCCCCGCCACAACAACACCAGGUACAUCAUCAGCCAGUGAUUCUCCGACAGGCGGCCUCACAGCCGCACCUCUUAGCGAUGGAUCGGCCUCUAGCACUGCACCGAUCAUAGCGGGGGCGCUUUCCACCGCUGCUUUCGUGGCACUCUCCGCUGUCGGUUUUCUGCUGAGAAGGCGCAGAGCGGCGAAAAAGAACGGGGCAGACGGGGAAGACCCGCAUGUUCUGCCUCUCGAUGGGCUUGAAGACGGCCGGCAGCACGAAGUGAGCUUGAGCAAAUCAGCUGUCAUCGACGGAGGCGGCAACCCGACCCUGCACCAAGAAAACCAUUCUCCGCCCGCCAACCAUGUUAAGUCGGUGGAGGCUGCGGCUAGCGGAGGAGGCGCCGCUGCAACGUUAAACACCUCGCAGCCGAUUGAUGCCGGCAAGGUUGCUGGUGUUGCACUAGCAGACGGUUCUGCCGAAGACUACUUGGCAAAGCAGCACUUCGUUGUGGCUACGACUUCCACGGCGGACGCCUCCACGCUCGAUCGGGCCGCAGUAGCCGGCAUCUUCGGUGAAGAAGCCGAGUUUUGGGCCGACGGACCAAAGCCAGCUUCUUCUGCAGCCGGUCGCCGUGGAUCAUGUAGCGAUGUCGGAGUUGGACGCGCCGUGAUGAAUGCGGCGCAGGAGCUAGCGCAACGCUGCCAGAUUCCCGGCGUUAGCGAGGCGGCAGCCAUGGUGUCCAUUCUCGUCAAUCUUGUGACAGAUAGCCGCGACAGCAACAACAAGGGCGACGCUACGCUCAAGCAAUGCCGCUCGGUUGUCAUGGCGCUCGAACGGGCCGCGACGGUGGCUGGUGAGGUAGGUGUUCUUGCUCCUGCUAAGUCGACGUUUGUUUGCACCGUUAAUGUGUCGCACCCCACACGCAUACCUGACUGUUCGGGCGGUGCAAGUUCCCUUUCAAAAGGCUCGCAGUCUGAAACGGGGAGAAACGUUUUGCUACUUGUUGAUGAUGUACGGUGAAGUUGCGAAGCACGUAUUGCGUUCGGAUGUUGAAGACGUCACCACAGAGACGCGUUGUCGACGGAACAUCGCCUAUCGAAUAUAGUACCGGGCGUAAGACGAACAAUCACGUUGAAAAUUGGAGCAGUCGACGAGCACACCCUCGCACACGAACGCGCCAAUAGAAAAAUGUAGGAUAUUCGAUGUAACCGCACCGUGCCGUAUUCAAUGCGCAAAAGAUUGAAGCUGCCUCCCCUUCCGCUGUAGGAACGACGCCAAAGUCAACCAUGCAUUCGGCAUCGUUCUUUUUCCCGUCCUUCGAUGUCCACCUUCGGCCGAAUCCUCCAUCCUAGACGAUCUCCGGCCUUGUCCUUUAGCCCCCGCUGGUUGGCGGGUGUCGCAGUACAGCCGAUGUGCGAUCGCUCCUCUUCUCGCUUGACAUCAAGACGUCUUCCUCGCGGGUCGAAACGUUUCGGCUUCUCUUUGUUGGGGGCCAGUGCUGGAUUCGCGGUCCUCUGCCCACCGAGCAGGUACUGGUCGUAUGCCCCGUCUUCGGGUCUGUAUAUCCAGGGCUUGGUCAGUCGAAACUGAACGCAAGAUUUCGUCCACGUUCUCCUUGCUCUUGGCUGUCAUCGUGGCGAAG